CGUGUAACGUUCUCCGGCUCCUGGAGUGAUCGUCUCCACCACAGACGAUCUUUGCUUCUGGGAGGUGGUAGUUGCCAAAGUUGUCAGGAGGAGCAGGAGGAGGCGUGAGGAGUCCGCGGGAGCGAGCACCGCCGUGUGGAUUACACCGGCCGAGGGAGCAGAACAGGAGCGGAGCUGGCCGACUAACAGACCGGACAACUGGGAGGAAGAACAACCGGGAAGUUUAACUGGAAUUUAACCUUUAACCGGGACUAACGGCUGGACUGCGCCGCUCUCCGAGGACCGGCUCCCCGCCAGGACUGAAGCUCUGCUCAGGAAGCCAUGCUAAUAAACAUCUUCCUCUCGCGGUGAGCUGCCUCGCUGACAGUCAUAGGCACCAUGGCGGAGCUGCCUAUUGCUCCGGGCGAUGUCUACAUCGAGGUGGAGUACGACUAUGAAUACAAGGCCAAGGACCGCCUCAUCGUCAUCCGCCAGGGAGAAUGCUACAUGCUGGUCAAGAAAACAAACGAGGACUGGUGGCAGGUUAGGAAGGAAGAAGGGACUAAAGCUUUCUACGUACCUGCUCAGUAUGUCCGCGAGGUCCGCAAAGCCCUCAUGCCACCUCCGAAACCUCUCCCGCAUCCUCCUGUUGCCACUGGAAACACACCUCCACAAGGUGGGGCCGCCAUCUGGGUAAAGCCAACCAGUCUGGAUUUGGGACUGCAUGAACGGUCCGCCGAGAACCUCCACAGACACGAGUCCAAAAACCGGCGCUCACCCUCAGCACAAACUGCCUCGUCCGGGCACCACUACAGUCCCCCCAUUCAUCGCAGGGACAGCAACCACCACCACCCCCCCAGCAGCCCCACCGACCACGAGCGAGCUCUGGCCGAAAUCCUCGUCCAGGGCGGAGCUUCCCAACAGGACCCCAAAGGGAGGUCCAGCACUCUGCCGCGCACCCGAGCUCGAUCCCCGGACCUGGCCAGAGCACCGCUGGACGUGGACAGCACCCGACACUGUGACUCUGCGGGCGAAGAGAGGCGCACCAACGACUCGGAGUCUGGAGACGAGCUGAGCAGCAGCUCCACCGAACAUCUCCAGACGGUGUCCUCGUCAGGCCCGGGCCGCUCCGAGUCCCCCGUCUACACCAACCUCCAGGAGCUGAAGAUCACCCAGAACAACUUGCCCCCUUAUCCCUCCGGCUCCCCCAUCCACGUGCUGGGCGACUGGGAGACGUUCAAGGACCAGAACGGCAGGCACUUCUACUACAACCGCUCCACCCAGGAGAGGACAUGGAAGCCGCCCCGAGCCAAGGACGCCAGCUCUGGGAGCUCCAGAGGAGACAACCACAGCGCAGGAGAGAGCUCUGAGACCACUCCUCUCUCGCUCUCGCCGUCUUUCCUUCCCUUCCUCUCGCUCUCCAUCGGUCGACUCCAGCCUCUGUCGUCGGAGGACACCUGCUUCAGCGCGUACUCUAGCCAGUCAGACAGUCAGUAUGGCUCGCCGCCACGUGGCUGGUCGGAGGAGAUGGACGAGUACGGACACACGCUGUAUGUCAGCGACUAUACUAAUGAGAAGUGGUUAAAACACAUUGACGAGCAGGGCAGGCCGUAUUACUACAGUGCAGAUGGUUCAAGGUCAGAAUGGGAGUUGCCAAAGUUCAACCACUCCCCCCCUCAGCCGUCUGGAGACGCUCCAAAGAGUCGCAGUCUGGACAGGAAACACGUGGAGCCCAUCGUCCUGACCAAGUGGAGACACAGCGCCUACGUCCAAGACCCCAACGACAAGCGGCUGUUAAAAACCAGGCGUUUCCGCGCAGGCUCUGCCCGCCCACACCCGUACAAACACCAAGACGCUCCUCUGGGCCCAAAGCCCACCACUCCUGACUCUGACUCCUGCCCUUCGUCUCCCAAGCCCCCCACCUCUCCAUCUGAAAAGUGCGGCGUGCUGAACGUGACAAAGAUCACUGAGCACGGCAAGAAAGUGCGGAAGAACUGGACUUCCUCCUGGACUGUGCUCCAAGGAUCCACGUUGCUAUUUGCCAAAGGCCAAGGAGGCGGGACCAGCUGGUUUGGAGGCGGUCAGUCCAAACCAGAGUUCACCGUGGAUCUGAGGGGCGGCUCGGUGGAGUGGGCGUCCAAAGACAAGUCCAGCAAGAAACACGUGAUAGAGCUGAAGACUCGUCAGGGCACGGAGCUGCUGAUCCAGUCAGAAAACGAUGGCGUGAUCAGCGAAUGGUACCGAGCACUGCAGGACACCAUCAGCACCCACGCCUGGGAGUCUGACGAGGCCAUUGAAGAGGACAUGCCGGAGUCGCCUGGUGCAGAGAAACAUGACAGGGAGAAAGAAAACAGAGACUCAAAGAAAGGCCGAGCCAUGAAGACCUCCACCAGCAUGGACGGCUCCGACAACAAGAAGACCAGACACAAGCUGAAAAAGUUCCUGACCCGCCGGCCGACCCUGCAGGCUGUCAGAGACAAGGGAUACAUCAAAGAUCAAGUGUUCGGCUGCAGCCUGUCGAGUUUGUGUCACAGGGAGAACAGCACGGUGCCCAGCUUCGUCAGGACGUGCAUCGACCACGUGGAGAACAACGGUCUGUGUAUAGACGGGCUGUACAGAGUCAGUGGAAAUCUGGCUGUCAUACAAAAACUACGCUUUGCUGUCAAUCACGAUGAGAAGGUGAACCUCGUCGACGGGAAGUGGGAGGACAUCCACGUGACCACCGGAGCUUUGAAGAUGUACUUCAGGGAGCUGCCGGAGCCGCUCUUCACCUACGCCUUCUUCCACGACUUUGUCAGCGCCAUCAAGAUUCCAGACUACAAGUAUCGAGUUCAGUCCAUCAAAGAGUUGGUCAGACAGCUGCCCAAGCCCAACCACGACACCAUGCAGGCUCUCUUCAAACACCUCAGGAAGGUGAUCGACCACGGCGAGGAAAACCGUAUGACCACCCAGAGCGUGGCCAUCGUGUUCGGCCCCACGCUGCUGCGGCCUGAAACGGAGACCUGGAACAUGGCGGUCCACAUGGUCUACCAGAACCAGAUAGUGGAGCUAAUACUGCUGGAGUACGAGAACAUAUUCGGCAGGUAGAAAGAGACACGCCGGAGGAUGAGCCUCUUUUUAUUUUUGUUCACUCCCAACGCAGAGCUCUUCCUUUACUCACCGCGGCCCUGCCAAAAAAGAAAAAAGAACAGCCCGGCCUGGCUCGGCUCCGCUCGGGUGUGUGGGGGCGUGGGGUGCAGCUUCUCUUCAUCUCAAACCAACAUGCGUUCACCGGCUUUCUCCAAUCUUGCAACCUCCUGACCAACGCCACGUUAAAAUAUGUCGUGAACCAAAACAUAGCUCUAACAAACUAGCGACCAAAACAAAGAAAAAGUUUUAGACUCUUUGCACUUUUCAGUAUCUCGUUUUCUCCUGCAGCUGCGUUUGUGCCACUUUACUGCAAAGGCGACGUUCCUCCUGACCCGACACUGGAUUCCUAAACGUAAAAUACGGGCCAAAAUAAAGCCUCUUGACUACUGCACAGACUGACUGAGACCAAAGGAGCCUCAGCAGGAGCCUCGAUUACAGAGGAGACGUCAGUAUUGGAGGUUGGAGGUGGAGGUGCACCCUGUAUGUCCUGUACUGUAUAUCCGAUGACCUGUAUCACCACACUGGGGAACCGACAGAAGAAACCAAACUGCUGUGCUUGGCUUUAGACGUUUAGCCACUACCAGAAGCAGCAGACGGAGGAGGGGGGAUGAUUUAUUUCGGAGCUUUAUGUCAUAAAGAACAUUAUCUGCUCUCUCUCUCUGUCUUCCCCUCCACCUCUCUCUGAAUUCUCUCUCUCCUUCUUAUUUCUGCUUCCUGAAAUACUGGACCGGGGUCCUCUGAACACAAAGGAGGUUAUAACUCUGUAUUAUAUAUCUCUGCAUGCCACUUUCUCCAUUUGGCUUUAAGAACAAAUCAUCUCGCAGCAGUCAGAACUUAAAAAAACAACAACAAAGAAACGGUACUCGGCUGUGUCUUUCCUCGACUCGUGGAUAUGAAAUGUUUUAGACAUUGAACUCCAGCGAUAAAUCUGUACAGUGUUUUAAUGUGCGUGCAUGUGGAUGUGGGACCGGGGUGGACGGACGGAUGAAUGGAUCUAAUGAUGAUAUAUUGUACAAACAGUAAAUAUAAGUAUGUCUGGAGUGUUUAAAAAUAUGAUAUGAGGGAGGAAUCGUGUAACCGACAGAUGCGAGGAAUAAAGUUAUGAACUGGGGAUGUGGAGGUUUACCUGUGUGUCAGGUAAAUUGAAGAUUGUGAACUGUAACUGGAAUAAAGACCUCUAAUCUAAGAGCUAUUCCAAAA